UCAGCACAUGUUGUUGCUACUAAACUUUCUAUUACAUUAAUGUCAUAUGAUCAGUUUGUGAAUUCGUAUUGAAUUUAAGGGAGUGUCUGAAUUUUUACUAUCUUAGAAUAUUAGAUAUUCUUUAAAAUAAAAAUGUUGAAAUUAUUUUUGUGUUUUAUAACUGCGUUAGUUACGGUUGCAGCAAGUGGAGAUUUUGUAGUUUUACAUAGUCCAAAUAGUGUUUUAUUCAAUGGAAAUGAAGAAGUGGAACAAAGCUUAUUAAAAGAAGUAUUAGCUGCUGCAUUAGGUUUCACUGUCAAACUGAGAGGAAUAUGGAAUGGUAUUUCUAUCACUGAUCCAUUCAGACUUCCAGAAGCUGUCGUUGUAGUGGCAAUAGAAGGAGUGGAUUCUUUAGAUAUACCAAAAGGAAAAAGAUUUCCAUUAAAUGUUAAUGAAGUUGAAGAAACUACAUGGCAAGCUCUUAGAGAACGUCUUGAAGAGAGAGAUAAUGAUAAUACUUUAGUGAGGAUAUCUUUAGGUGAUGGAUUAGAUGCUGUUAAUAAUAAAUAAANUGGAGAAUUAAAACCUACUCCUAUUGAUGAAACAUCUUUAAGAGCUUUAAGUUUAAGUAAGGAAGAAGAUAAAAAGUUUUUGGAAGAAGUUCAAUUACUUCAUGCUAUUGCUAAAAAAGCACCUUCAGCAAUUAAACCAGAUUCAAAGUCUGAUAUUUAUUGGCUUGUUAUAUCUGGUUUGCGACCUAUUUUUGAUGCUUAUGGAAGCAAUUCAACUACUUCUAGAGAAGNNUUAUCAUUACUGAAUAAUGCUUUGAAUGUUAUUCAUGAUGCAUUUAUUCAAGCUUAUGAUGGCCAGGUACUAAUUGUGGCAUUUACAAAUGAUGCAAGUAAAGUACAUCAUAUCCGUUCAGUAACUCUAGAAAGGCAAAAACGGGAUACUUCAGAUACGCAAGAUGAGCAACCAGAAAACACAAAGAUAGAAGCAGAAGAGGAGUUAAAAACUAAUAAAACUAACAUAUCCUCCGAUGAAACGAACAAUUCUACUGCAAAUAAUGAUAGUUCUGAUCAUAGUGGAAACAAUGAAAAUCAGGAUUUGACUAAUAAGGAGCAUAAAAUAUAUUCCAAUACACAAAAUAUAGGACAGGUAUACAAUCUUUCAAAAAAAUAUUCAGAAGAUUAUCCUGUCAUCUUUAACAUAUUCUUAUGGUUUGGAGUUGUUUUUGUCUUUUCGCUUCUUGCUAUUUGCAUUGCCAUUUCACAAAUGGAUCCAGGACGAGAUUCUAUAAUAUACAGAAUGACUUCUAAUCGUAUGAAGAAAGACAAUUAAAUGUAAAUAUAAAUUAAUAUUAUUCAAGUAAAAAAAUAUUCUUCAUUCUUAUAUAAUGCACUUUAUUUUAUUAGUUUUGUUUAAAAAAAUAUGUAAAAUUCCAUCUCAGAUUAUUGAAAUGAUCUUUUUUAUAUGUAGAAAUACAAUGAAUCAUUAUCGUAUAUAAACUACUUGUAAACAAUCAAUCAUUUAUUAUCAAUUGUAAAAUAUAAUGUAAA